AUGGAUUGGCCACUAGAGGACACCGAAUGGACCAGCCGUGACCUAAAUGUCUUCAACUAUCAACAGGGCCGCGCUGUCAUCCUGCAGAAGCCGAGCUCGGAUGAAAUGAUAGUAGGUGAGCUCAAGAACAAGAAUGACUGGGAAGUCUGGUUCGACAAUGCACCAAGUGUCACCAGCGCGGAGGAAGGCCUAUAUGCAUUAUUAUGCAGCAGAGCCCAGCCCGUUUUCGAUGGAGAAGCCGCACCUGUCUCCUAUCUCCCGGUCACGAGAGACACUUGGGAAAGGGUGACCAGAGAGUUUCAAAUCCAUCGACGCAUCACGAGGACCAUAUCCAGGCAGGUGCCUUUCGUUUCUUCGAAUUGGGAGAGAGAUGUGGAAACAGCGAAGUGGAAGAUCUCGUUCACUGCUCGGACGUCGGCGUACUUGCAGAACGACCUAGCAUUAUCCGUCACAUAUAAACCGAGUACGGGCUCGAUUUUCUGUGUGGUGUACGGAUGCAAUGAGCAACAGAUAGAAGCGUUCAUGAAGCGCGUUAGGAUGGCCGGAGACAGAGUCAAGUAUCCGCUGCUCAUGCUAGGCAUAUUCGCAGAGGUCGAGCGCGAGAGACUGGUAGGCAUCGCAGACCAGCUCCUCGAUAGGUUCACACUCCGAUCCGAGCACCUCGAGAACCGACCCCUGGAUCCCUCAACGGACAUGAACGGUGCCAAUACGCAGGAACAUUUGGCACUUUGUCUUCAAUCUCGCAGCUUGGUGGAUCACAUACAGUCGGUCAAGCGGCAGCUAUCCAAGCUCCUUACCGAGAUAGACGACCUUGGACAACGGCUGACGCUUCGCAAAGAGAAGGAUGGCAUUCUGCCAAAGACCUUCAAGAACGGACGCCAGCUGAAGCGGAUGGGAGUUCAGAUGAAAAAGAGGCUACAGGACAUCAUCCACGAGUAUGAUGAUAAGAUCGAUGAGUGCAACAUGAUCGUGGGGAAUACCUCCCUAGCCAUGCAAACCGUUUGGAACCUCAUCGCCAGACACGAUUCGCAAAUAAAUACCCGAUUCGCUCGUGCCAACACAAUGAUCGCUGUUGAGACGAAGCGCGAGUCCUCGCAGAUGAAAUCAAUCGCCAUACUGACGAUGAUAUAUCUGCCUCUCUCAAGCGUUGCUGCCAUCUUCUCCAUGGACUUGUUCAACUGGAAUGCCGGGGCUGGCGAGUCCAUCGUGUCAAAGCACAUAUGGAUAUUUGCCGUGUUUUCGGUGGGACUCACGACUCUGACUCUUCUCGCAUGGCGUCAUGUGACAAACCGACAUGAGAAGACAACAGGGAAGGGCAAUGAGAGCUUGGGUUCACCGAAGACGGAAGCUGAAAUGGUAUGA